UGUUUGUGCGGUGACGUACCUAAAAAAUUCGUCAAGCGCCCACUAAAUCAAAUGUAUUCAAACUGGAUAUCGCAUAGAUGCGUAUAUGUUGCCAAUACUUAACUUAUUAAAACACCAAACAAAAUUGAAUGAACAAAUUUUUGUGCAGCCGGUGAAGUAUCAAGCGAAUCGAAAAGGACGAGCAGGACGCAGGAGACGUAUGCGUGUGAGUGUGUGGGAUGGAAGAGGAAGCAGCACCAGCACUGGCCAGCCAUUCACCCACCAACGCUGACGCAGUCGAGCCAGCUUCGAACGAAUUGGGCAAAAUUUAAUUUACGCCGCCGGGACCUAAAAUUAACGGGAGCCGAAGGAGCAGGAGCAGCAGGAUCACAGCAAAUCAACACCAUGUAUCGGCUAGCGGUGCGAGAUCAGUGCAAGUGCGCCCUGCAGCGUACGCUGCAGCAGUCGACCACAAACAACAGGCAGUUCAGCGGAAACAGCAGCGGAAGUGGGAGCAGAGAGCAGGGAAGGCGGGAACAGGGACAGCAAGGAUAUCAAGGAUACCAGGGCCUGCCGCCGCCACCGCAUAUGCGCGAAGCUGGCUUCGGCAAAGUGGUCCUCUUCGUCUCCCCAUUGGCAGCCGUCGGCGGAGUCAUCACCUACGCCAAAUACGACUCCGACUUUCGCAAAUUGGUGGAGAAAAAUGUACCCGGCGCCGGUCCCAUUAUCAAAGUCGCGCUGCAGGAGGAACCGCCUUUCAAGAGCAUCACCAAGAAUGUUAACGACCAGAUUGACAAGGUCAAGUCUGGUAUCGAGACGGUCUCCUCCACCGUGGACUCGGUUACCUCAAAGGUGACGGGUCUGUUUGGCAGCAGUGGCGAUGAUAAAGCCAAGAAGUCUAAAGCAGAUCAGACCAAGGCCACACCUGUCGAGGAAAAGAAACCUUCAAAACCGAGCGAAGUCAGCAAGACAGAAGCGAAACCUGUGCCUAAGCCGGAAACGAAAACUGCAGUUGCUACGCCUAUUGCUAAGCCUAAAGAAGAUCCUCUGCCACGCGAAGUCGUAGAGCUGGAGAAGGCCAUAGAGCUGGCUGCCCAACUGGCCAUCAAGGAAUACAGCACCGCUAUAGGAGUUUUGAAGGGCUUUAAUGACGAUGUUCGCAAAGUGGUGGACAAGGCAGUAGAGAAUGGGGAAAACUCUCUUUGGACAACGUUGAAGAAUCGCGCUAGUGCAAGGGAUACAGCGGUUGCUACGGCGGAGCGAGCAGCACGUGAAGCUCAGGAGAAGAUCGUUGCGUGCGAGAUCGCCUUGAGUGCUGCGGCAACGGCGCAAAACGCAAAGAAGGUGGAAUCGGUGCGUGACAAGAUCAAGAAGGUGGUGGACCACAUCGGCAACGUCAAGGAUGACCUCUACCGGCACAAGGAUACUGCUAGCGUAUCGGACAAGUACUGGCGCAAUGUAGAGAAGGCGCGCAACUAUUUUAUUGACGAGAUCGAGUCCAUCUUCCCUGGCCUCAGCUUGGCAGAUAAAAAACUCAACUUGUCAAAGGAAGACCUCGAUUUGUUCAUCCUCCACGCCUACACCCAUGUUCUGGCUUACCAGAAGGAGUUACAGCGCCUGCAAACCGAUGGUGAACUGCGUCUAAAGCGUGCCAUUGACUCGGUUCGGGGCGACAACGAUUCAGAGGCUCUGCGCGCCCAACUGGAAUACCAUUUGGAAGCCGAGCGUCGAAAACUGGCCGUGGAAAACCAGAAAAAAAUCUUCCACAUCCAUGCUGAAUCCGAUAAGCUGUUGCGCCUGCAGCUCAAAAAGCAAGCCGAGGCCCACGCUGAUCACAUUAAGGAUAUUGUGGCCCAGCGGGAGACGGAUCUCACGCGUAGCUUCAAGCGUGAGCUGGAGGAUAAGCUGGCCACAGAGAAAGCCAACUAUAAACUACAAUUGGCUGCUAUGCUGGGCAAGCUCCGCGGUAUGGACGCGGCUUUAGCAGAGAUAGAGGAUGAGUUCCAAGAACGUGCGGAUGCAGAGCGUACUGCCAAUCAGGCGCAGGCCUUGUGGGCCGCCUGCCAAGCUCUGUGGGCCUCCGUGCGAACUGCUACUCCUGGCGUACAUUACAAGGAGAAGCUGCGUCCACUGAAGAACGAGCUCAAUGCCAUUGCCAAGGUGGCAAAGGGCGACGAUCUGGUGGCAGCUGUACUAGACAGCGUGCCCCAGGAGGCUCAGGAGCGUGGUGUCUACCCCGAGGAUGCGCUGCGCGAGCGCUUCCUUAAUGUGGAACGUGUGGCGCGACGACUUGCAUUGGUGCCGGAAGAUGGAGCCGGCCUGCCCAUCUAUUUCCUAUCCUAUCUGCAAUCGCUGUUCAUUUUGCGACCCGAUAAUCCCAUAUCUAAGGACGAACUCGAAAACAAACCCUUCGACUACAGCAAACUAGACACCUACGAUAUCCUAAACAGGGCCAGGUACCAUGUGGAUCGCAGCGACUUCCUGCAGGCUCUUAAGUACAUGAACCUUCUGCAGGGUGCAUCUCGCAAAAUUGCCGGCGAGUGGAUAAAGGAAGCCCGUCUCAUGCUGGAGACGCAGCAGGCGGCCAACACUCUGAUGGCCCACGCGGCUGCCAGCGGCCUCUUGUAUUUGUAGACUACGUCCCAUACCUUCUUCCUCCAGAAAUAAAAGGAUAUACUUAUUAUUUGUUAUUCGUCCAGGAGAAGACGGACGGAAAGCCACUAAACGCAAUAGAUAAACAUCAAUAUGUAAUUUGUCCAAUUAGAGAUCACAGUUUAAAAACAAAACACUUAUAUAUAUUUGUAAAAUUUUGUUUAGUUUCAAUUAUACAAAUUAUAUAUAGAGAAAAUCCAUUAUUAAAAUAUAUUUUGGGCCGUCUUAACAUUGAAAACUAUUAAAUAAUUCUGGAUCUGUUUGAAAUUCGAAACGUUCUUAUGGUGUUAUUUAAAAACAUUGUGAUUAGUAAAAGCUAUUAGUUGUUUAAUUUAUUAAAUAAAACAAAAGGAAAUAAAAUCCAAUGGAUAAAGUA